GAAACUUUGUUCAGCUGGUAGUGGGGUGGGUGGUGAAUAGGGGGUUUGGGAUGGAUGCUGUGCGUAUGCACACUUACUAGUCUGCUACGUAGUAGUAAGUAGAGAGGUAUGGGUCUAUGUCUAUGGGGCUUGGUGAUCCUGGUCCUAGGGGGGGGAAGGGGGGAAUCCUUGGAUGGAGUAUGGAUGAGCUACAGCAAGAUUUACGAACUGGGUAUGUGGGAUUUGGAUAUUCCACUUUUGUUGAGGUGUUCAGCUUGUUGGUAAAUUCAUGGUUGAGGAGAGUGCAUUUACCGAAUGGAUGGGCAUGUCUCACUAAAUAGCCUGAGUAUUAAAGGCUAUAUACGAUAGAGGCUGC